AUGAUGGCUCGCACACGGAGGGGGGUCAAGUUCCCCCACAAGUCCAACGGCCAUGCUGGCUCUGAUGGCCGCCGCUCCAGCUUCAGCGACGUCAGCGAGGAGGGCUCGCCCUCCAGGAUCAAGACAGGCGCGGGCCUUCAAAACAUUGCAGAGCAACCCCAAUCCCCCGAGGAGGAAAAGCGAGCCGAGUAUGAGAAGAAGAAGGCGAACUUCUUGACACGUACUUUCUGGACCUUUGUCAUGUUCGCCGGCUUCUUCACUGCCCUCGUCAUGGGCCACAUUUACAUCAUCUGCAUCAUGACCGGCAUCCAAAUCAUCUCCUUCAAGGAGGUUAUCGCCAUCGCCAGUGUUCCCAGCCGCGCUCGCCAGCUGCGCUCCUCCAAGAGCCUCAACUGGUACUGGCUCGCCACCACCAUGUACUUCCUCUAUGGUGAAACUGUCAUCUACUAUUUCAAGCAUAUCGUGCUGGUCGACAAAGUCCUGCUUCCCUUGGCCACUCACCACCGCUUCAUCAGCUUCAUUUUGUACAUCUUUGGCUUCGUCUUCUUUGUCACCUCUCUCCAAGCUGGCCACUACAAGUUCCAGUUUACUCAGUUCGCCUGGACGCACAUGGCCUUGUACCUCAUCGUCGUACAGGCCCACUUCAUCAUGAACAACGUAUUCGAGGGCAUGAUCUGGUUCUUCCUCCCCGCCGCCAUGGUCAUUACCAACGACAUUUGGGCCUACCUUGUGGGAAUUACCUUUGGUCGCACUCAGCUCAUCAAGCUGUCCCCAAAGAAGACCGUCGAGGGCUUCGUCGGCGCCUGGGUCAUGACCAUCCUCUUCGGCAUGCUCCUGACAAACCUCCUGAUGCGCUCGUCCUUCUUCAUUUGCCCUGUCACUGACCUCGGCGCAAACAUCUUCUCCGGCCUCGAGUGCACUCGCAACCCCGUCUUCAACCCCAAGACCUACACCCUGCCGCCGCUGUUCUUCCUUCCGCCCAACAUGCACGAGAGCUUCUCCUUGACUGUGGCCCCCGUGCAGUUCCACACUCUGAUCCUGGCAACCUUCGCCUCCCUCAUCGCUCCUUUCGGUGGUUUCUUCGCGUCCGGCCUGAAGCGCACCUUCAAGAUCAAGGACUUUGGCGACUCCAUCCCGGGCCACGGCGGUAUGACGGACCGCAUGGAUUGCCAGUUCAUCAUGGGAUUUUUCACAUACAUGUACUACCACUCCUUUAUCGCCAUCAACAAGGUUAGCCUGGGUAGCGUCAUGGAGAUGGCUGUUACCGGAUUGACCGUCGAGGAGCAACUCGAGCUGGUGAGGGGGAUGGGUCGCUACCUCAGCAACCAGGGUGUGUGGGGUGAUGAGAUCAUCCAGUGUUUGGACAAGGCCUUGCAAGCCAAGCGAUGA